AUGCCGCUCAGACUUGCGCUCAGCAAACCUGAAGAUGUGCCGCUGAUGGUGGAGACGUACUUUGAGGCCUUCUCUCAAGACGCGAUCCAUCAGCGCUUUGCCCCCAGAGGAACACAGUCAGCCCACGACUUUUGGACUGCGUCGCUGUCAGCCGAGAUCCGCGACGGGCAUAACCACUUCCUCUCCGUCUGGGACGACUCUUCAUCGCCAGAAACGUUUGUGGGCUUCGCGAAAUGGAUUGUCCCGGGAGCUUCUCCGGAGCCUCUCCCUCCCGCUGACCAGUGGCCGAGCGAAGGCGACCAGGAGUUUUCGGUAUUCUUCUUCGGCAGGCUCGGCGAGAUGCACCAUGAAGCCAUGGGUGAGAGGCCGCACUGGUAUCUCGAGCUGCUGGCCGUCAAGCCGCAGUAUCAGGGCAAAGGGGCCGCGAGCUUGAUGCUCCGGUACGGCGUGAACAAGGCUGACGAGGACAAGGUGGAGUGUUUCCUGGAUGCUUCUCCGGCGGGACAGCCUAUUUACGAGAGAUAUGGGUUCAGGGUUGUGCAGAGAGAUACGUUUUUGGAGGGAACAUAUGUUCAGUGUGCGAUGGUUAGGGACGCUCGGGUUUAA